CCUUGGAAACGAAAACGUUUCGGAUAUUUCGACCAUUUCGAAACGAUAUUUUGAUCCUUGUCUCUCUCUGUGUCUCAUUUACAAAUGAUUAUUGUUUAUUUGCUCAUGCUACACAUGUUUAGAAGCAUAUUUGUAAAAGUAUGAAAUUUACAAUCGUGUUAAUUGAAGCCAUAAGAGAAGUGAUAAAAGAUGAGGGGAGUUGUCCAAAAGAAAAAUGAUUAGGACACUCACUAACAGGUCUUCUUUGUUGUUAAGUGUUUUUUAAGUAAAAGAUAUAUUACUUCUUGACAAAAUUGUCGUUUAGGCUUUGAAGACCUUCCACCAACGAAACUAUCUUGAGUUUGCCUUUUGGAUUUAAGAGACUAGUUAUAUUGGAUAAGAAGCAUUUAAUACUAAUAUAUUUAUUAUUUAACUAAAUGUAAUUAGAAAUGCAUAGAUUGAUGUAAAAAAAUACAUUGGAUAUAGAUUUAUGACAUAUCUAGAUUUAGUAGUGUUGGAUCUAAUGUAACUCUUAGUUUUGCAAUUUGUGGACAUAUUUCAAAUUUUGGUAGCACACUUACAUCCCAUUCUCACUAUGUUUACUGUUCUAAAUGAUGCAUUUUGGGCUUAUAAAUGUAUGGAUUUUCUUGUUAACAUUUUCAAAGAAUUGUGAAUAUUUUUUUAGAUUUUUUUUGGGCCUUCUAUGUGUACCAGCUUCCAAGUAGACGGCCAAUACAGCAACCUUGACCACCAUGCUCUUAUUCCUUGCAUAUGCCUAGUUGCAUUAUUGUGAACAUGUUGAAAAGAAGAAUUAAAUUCUAGCAACAUCAAUUCCUGCUCAAACUACUCUGAUCUCUCAUCUACGCAAAGUAAAUUAAAUAUAAGAAGGGAAAAGACAAUAAUGACCCUAGAUAAGGAGGAUUGCUGUAUCAUGAAUAAUGCUUUGUUAAAUCUAUUUCUUGGUGCUCUAUAACAGUUAGGAGGUUCUUACGAAUAUGGGGUUCUUUUCCUGAUAUUGACAUGUUAUUGGGCGGUCAUCCUACUGACACGCCAAAAAAAAUCUUUGGCUUAUCAUUGUGUUUAUCAAGAUUAAAAGAAAUUCAGCAAAAGAUGAAAAUUAUUACACUAUCUGUUUUAUAUAAAGACUAUGUGGAGUAUAACCUACUGUCUUUUACUUCUCUCUCUCUCUCUCUCAUGUGAAUGUGUAUAAAACUUUUGACAAUAACUUACAGUGUCAAACCUUCCUAACAUGUAAUUUUGGAAUGUUAACUCUGUUACUUUCCUUGCUAUGUAGUCUCUUCAGUUAUUUUCAUGUAUAAAAUAGCUUUCGGGGUUAAUCAUGGGGAUAAAAGGAUUUAGAGUUAAGCUGACACGAGUAAAUCACCUACUCUCUAGGUGGAGAAACCACAUUGGAAUCCCAUAUAAGACGGGGACUUAUUAUUACGCAUCAACUGAUACUUGUGUGUUAACCUGAGAACCUUUAUGAUUGAUUGAAAGCUUAAGUUUGCUUUUUAUUAGGUAUUUUUUUAUAAGAACUUGUUAUUAGGAAUUCAAUUCAUUAUAACAAAACCUUGUCCCUACUUAUUGGGGUCAACUGCAUGAUAGCUUUUAUUAAGUGGAGUAAUUGUGGGAUGCGGUCAGUUGAUUAUUAUUGUUCAUGAUUCUCAAAUGAUGGUUAACUUGUUUUCUCAUUUUGUUGCACAUUUUGGUCAGGAUUUCAAAAAAAGCUUGGUCAAGGAAGUUGAGAACAAAACUGUCGGUUUCCCUGUGACUAAUGAUGUGUUGCAAUCACGUCCGAACCCAAAUACGACUAGGGUUGGUGGUACUAUUGAAGUGAAGGAGAAUUUAAAUGACAUUGAUGAAGAUAAAAGACUAUGUGAGUUAAAAUUCGGGAGUUACUGCUUAUGGCGACAUGAACAUAGGGAAAAAAUGAAAGAUUCUGUGGUGAAGAAAAUGAAGGACCAUCUCUACGUGGCUCGAGCUUAUUAUCCUAGUAUUGCAAAGGUUCCAGUACUUGACAAGUUGUCACGUGAAUUGAAGCAAAACAUUCAAGAGUUUGAGCGUAUUCUAAGUGAAUCUACUACAGAUACAGAUCUUCCACCACAGAUUGGAAAGAAGCUCCACAAGAUGGAAGCUGUAAUAGACAGAGCAAAGUCAUUCCCUGUGGACUGUAAUAAUGUUGACAAGAAAUUAAGGCAAUUAGUCGAUCUGACAGAGGACGAAGCUAAUUUUCAUAUGAAGCAGAGUGCCUUCCUUUACCAGCUUGCCGUCCAAACCAUGCCAAAGAGUCUCCACUGUCUGUCAAUGCGACUGACUGUCGAGUAUUUUAGAUCUUCUUCACUUGAUUUGAAGCAGUCACUUACUGAAAAAAUUUUGAAUCCAAAAUUAUACCAUUAUGUCAUCUUCUCCAACAAUGUACUAGCAUCAUCUGUAGUAAUUAAUUCCACCGUAAUGCAUGCAGAGGAAAGUGGGGAUCUAGUUUUUCAUGUGCUGACAGACAGGCAGAAUUACUUUGCCAUGAAACUAUGGUUCUUCAGAAAUGUUUACAAGGAAGCCACAGUUCAAGUGUUGAACAUUGAAAAUCUUAACUUGAAGGAUCAUGAUAAGGAGACUCAGUUACAUCUGUCAUUGCCUGAAGAAUUUCGUGUUUCCUUUCGGAGGGUUGGGAAACCAUCUACAGCGCAAAGUAGAACGGAAUACAUAUCUGUUUUUUCUCAUUCGCACUAUCUCCUUCCUCAGAUAUUCCAGACUCUGAGGAAAGUUGUGGUGUUGGAUGAUGAUAUUAUUGUUCAACGAGACUUAUCAGCUCUGUGGAGCCUCAAUAUGGAUGGGAAAGUGAAUGGUGCUGUGCAAUUUUGCAAUGUGAGGUUGGGUCAUCUGAUUAAUUAUGUCGGUGGGAACAGUGCUGAUGGAAAUUCUUGUGCUUGGAUGUCUGGAUUGAAUGUUCUUGAUCUUGUCAGGUGGAGGGAACGAAAUGUUACUGAAACAUACCAACGAUUGGUGCAAGAGCUUAGCACAAAACAUGGAUUGAAUGAAGCUGUUACAUUGCGGGCAAGCUUCCUCACCUUUAAAGGCCUAGUUCAUGAUCUUAAUGAUAACUGGGUAUUGUCAGGACUGGGUCAUGACCAUGGUCUGGAUAUGGAAGCCAUUAAAAAAGCAGCAGCAUUGCAUUUUAAUGGUAACAUGAAACCGUGGCUUGAGCUAGGCAUUCCAGAAUAUAGAGGUUACUGGAAGAAGUUUCUGAACAGAGAAAUUCAGUUCUUGAGUGAUUGCAAUGUGAAUCCAUAGCGGUGAUAAUCCAGGUGUAUUGCUGAGAUUUCUUGGAAGUAUAAGCAAACUGUAGCUAUAUCUGAGCUAGAUUUCUGAGGGAGAUGAGCUGCAAUUGACAGCCAUAGUGAUUUGAUUGACAGUUUUCUAAUUUUUUGGAAAAUAAAAGGCAGAAAAUUUUAUCUACUUUUGGCAAAGGCAGAAGGAGACUGAUUAUGGUGGCUGCAGUUGCUAGACCUGGAAGACAUUUGAUGAGGACACUCGAGGAAGAGCUCAGUUCUCUCUGCCUUAUGGCUUGGUAUUGUACAAGAGGGAAGUGGUAGCAAUGAAUUUUUGUACAUGAGAAGGCCUUUCCUUGUUUCGAUGUGGGAGGAUCAAUGGCCAACCAUAAUACGUAUAUGAUCGUUCGGUGGAACACAAAUUGGUUGAUUCCUUUCAGUGUAAGGGGAUUUUGUUUUCGUAUUUUGGGAUUUCCUUUUUUUAUUUUUCCCCAUUUAAGCUUUGUAUUUGCCAAUGGAUGGAUUUAUCCUUAUAUCCUAUAGCAAUUUGAAUUUAGCUUUCCUUUUACUGAUGGGACUUGCAUAGAAUAAGCUACAUCUAGCCAAUGUGUUAUUCUCUCCUUGCAGUUUGAAUUGAAGCCAUUGGGA